GGGACGAUUUGGCCUUCCCUGUCUCGGAUUGGAAUUCGGGCGAGCAACGACCUGUCGCCGGCGGAGGAGUUGGAAACCGACUGGUACAAUAUUUAUAUUUAUAUAAAUAAAAAGAUGGAGAAGGAUUCCCUCAGGGGAAGUAACAAUGGCACACCGAGCAGAGCCGGAGCAGGGGACGGGCUGCUGAGAUCAGCCACCUCGGACGCUGCCCGACAGGCGCAGUCGUCGGACUUCGUGCUGCAGUGGGGCAACCGGAAGCGGCUCAGAUGCAUGAAGGUCCAGGUGAAGGACGAUUCGGCGGCCCCCGCCCACAGGACCACCGCCCGGGUUGACCGCCGUGUCGUGAGGGCCGAUCGGGACCCCAGCCAGCCCGGAACCGCCACGAACACGAACCAUGGCAAUGGAUACCUCAACCUCCGUCAUCGCCCCUGCUCCCCACCUAUGCCCCCGCCUCAGCGCGUCCUCAGGAACUCUGAGAAUUCAGCGGCGAUGAGAGGGCAUAGCAACGGCGGGCUCAGGGGGUUCUCCUCCCCGGACCGGGGGGCCCACGACCGGAGGGGCACCCAUCACCACCACCACCACCAUAACGGCCACCACCACAAUGAGGGCAACAAGUCGGGGGCCUCGUCGGAUACUGCCCACGACAGCAAGAAGGCCGGAGGUGGAGGAGGAGGAGGCGGAUCGUCGUCCGGCGGGAGCGGGGAGGCGGCUGCCCCCCCAGUGUGGCCGCCGAAGUUCGUGAUCGCGCUCACGAACAAGGAGAAGGAGGAGGACUUCAUCGUCUUCAAAGGGUCGAAGCUCCCCCAGCGGCCCAAGAAGAGGGCCAAGAUAGUCCAGCGCACAGUCAAUUUGGUAUGCCCCGGUGGGUGGCUAUGCGAUCUAACGCUCGAAAGAUACGAAGUCCGGGAGAAGAAGAUCUCUAAAAAGAGACCGAGAGGGUUGAAGGCGAUGGGCAACAUGGACUCCGAUUCCGAGUAGCGAGGCGAAGAAGAAGAUUCGGUUGUCGCAAUGAUCUUCGAGAGCGAGUCGGAGUGGGUGUGAUUGCUUAAAUUUUUGUUACUUCUUUUCCUCUUUUUUGAUUAGAGAAAGUGCCAGAUAAAAUGUUUAGACGAUGUAAAUCUCGAAGUCGAUCAACUCCAUGAGAAUGGAAAAGUGAUAGCAAUUUUCCUCAUUA